GUAAAGCAGGAUCUUCAGCCUCGACCGCCGACUCUCUUCCACAUCCCACCCCGGACCCCUGCAACCACGAUGUCUCUCACAAUGCCACCGGUGCCUCACAAGGAUGACCUUGAUUCAACUUGGGCAUUCCUAGAGGCGGGGAUUGAGAGCGUCAUGCUUAACCUCGACUCAGGUAUUGAUAUGAAGACUUACAUGGGUCUCUAUACGGCCGUUCAUAACUUCUGCACUUCCCAAAAAGCCGUCGCUACCGGACAUGGUCUACAAGGACAACGUGGGGGUUGGUUACUCUCCCUUAAUGCCGCAUCCUCGGCUUCCCGGAUGGAGCUGACCUGGACUAAAGCCCACUUGCUGGGUGAGGAACUGUACAAACUACUCGGCGAAUACCUAUCACGUCAUCUGAGUGAAGUGUACAAACAAUCACAAAGCCACACCGAGGAAGGCUUGCUUGGAUUCUACAUCCGUCAGUGGUACCGUUACACAACUGCUGCCAAAUAUGUGAACCACCUUUUCCGAUACCUCAACCGUCACUGGGUAAAGCGUGAGAUUGAUGAGGGUAAGAAAAAUGUCUACGACGUUUAUACCCUACACCUGGUUAAAUGGAAGGGGGACUUCUUUGAGAAAGUUCACGAGAAGGUCAUGGACGCCGUUCUGAAUCUCAUCGAGAAACAACGGAACGGGGAAACCAUCGAACAGUCGCAGAUCAAGUCCAUUGUCGACUCCUUCGUGUCACUGGGCUUGGACGAAAAUGAUAGCUCCAAGUCAACACUGGAUGUCUAUCGGCAGUACUUCCAGCAGCCGUUCAUCCGUGCCACCAAAACCUAUUAUGAAAAUGAGUCACGGCAGUUCGUAGCCGAAAACAGCGUGGUGGAGUAUAUGAAGAAGGCUGAAGCUCGCCUGGAAGAAGAGAAAGGUCGGGUGGGCUUGUAUUUGCACCCAGAUGUCACCAAGACCUUGACCGACACAUGUCUGUCUGUUCUCGUCACCGCUCACUCCACUUUGCUUCGCGACGAAUUCCAAGUCUUGCUGGACAAUGAACGCCAGGAGGAUCUUGCUCGUAUGUAUCGACUCCUCUCCCGUAUUAAGGAUGGCUUAGACCCAUUGCGCACAACCUUUGAGAACCACGUGAGGCGGGCCGGUUUGGCUGCGGUUGAGAAGUUGUACGUUGAUGCACUACUGCAAGUUCAUACACGAUACCAGAACUUGGUCAAUGAGGCCUUCAACGGCGAGUCCGAGUUCGUGCGUUCUCUUGACAAUGCCUGCCGGGAAUUUGUCAAUCGGAACCGUAUCUGCAAGACCAGUUCCUCCAAGUCACCCGAGAUGCUGGCGAAAUAUACGGACUCGCUUUUGAAGAAGGGAUCCAAGUCCGCUGAAGAGUCGGAACUUGAGGAGAUGCUGGUGCAGAUCAUGACUGUGUUCAAGUACAUCGAGGAUAAGGAUGUCUUCCAAAAGUUCUACUCCAAGAAUCUGGCCAAACGCCUGGUACAUGUCAGCUCUGUUUCUGAUGAUGCGGAAACAAGCAUGAUCAGCAAGCUAAAGGAGGCAUGUGGUUUCGAAUACACCAACAAGCUACAGCGCAUGUUCCAAGACAUGCAGAUCUCCAAGGAUCUGAAUAACAACUAUAAGGAUUGGCAGGACAAAGUUCUAGAUGAUGAAGACCGAAAGAGAAUGCCCGAUGCCCACUUCCAGAUCCUCGGAACUGGCUUCUGGCCCCUCAAUGCCCCGACCACUGCCUUCUGUGCGCCGCCGGAAGUUGUCAAGACCGCCGAGCGGUUCCAGAAAUUCUACUUUGACAAGCACAGCGGCCGCAAGUUGACAUGGCUGUGGCAGCUCUGCAAGGGCGAGAUCAAAGCCAAUUAUAUCAAGAACGCCAAAGUACCUUACACUUUCCAAGUAUCGACUUACCAGAUGGGAAUUCUUCUGCUUUUCAACGAAGCAGACACUCUAUCCUACUCCGACAUCGAAAAGGCCACCACCCUAGCGACCGAGAUUCUCGACCCUAAUCUUAGCAUCCUGCUCAAGGCCAAGGUCCUCACUGCCAUCCCCGAGGGUGCUAAGCCUGACCCCUCCACCUCGUUCACUCUGAACUACAACUUCAAAAAUAAGAAGGUGAAGGUCAACCUCAACAUUCAGAUCAAGUCUGAGCAAAAGGUCGAAGCAGACGAUACACACAAGACGAUAGAAGAGGAUCGGAAGCUUUUGCUCCAGUCCGCCAUUGUCCGCAUCAUGAAGUCGCGCAAAAAGAUGAAGCACGUCCAGCUUGUCCAGGAAGUCAUCCAGCAGGUCAAGUCCCGCUUCCCGCCCAAGAUCCCCGAUAUCAAGAAGAACAUCGAAGCUCUCAUGGAGAAAGAUUAUAUUGAGCGUAUGGACGGUGAUGAAAUCUCCUACAUCGCCUAA